UUAGUGAACCCUUUUGAUUCUCGAAGGCACAGAAAAAACAACGGGGUUGAUUCCUGACGGGGGUGUACUGAGGCGAAGGGAAACCCUCCAAAAUGCCGCCUAUCCGCUUCGCUGAAAAGCAGUAUCCUAUCUCGUGUAUAGGUUUCUUCUUAAAAUGAUAUAACAGUAUUUGAAUAUAAUACUUGUAUUCAAAUACAUUUCAAUGAUAUAAUAAGUUUACCUUCAAAACAAGGUGCUUCUACACAAGCAUUCUCUUAAUCGAUGUACGUUAAGUAAUAAAAGCCAUAAAGUCGGUGGCCCUGCGAGUGUCAAAAAUUUGAUGCGAAUUUUGCUGUGCAAUACUGGGAAUAUGAAUUAAGCUUUAACACAGGCGUUAAUAAAAUGAUAAAAGUUGGAGGGGGGAUGUCCGUGUGCAAAAAUCCAUGACUUCUUCAGAAGAUAAGGAUCUCUUGCAUUGUACAUCUUAUUCUAGACUCCUCCCAGAUGGGUGGGAUUAUGAUGUUUGUGAUAAGAACUAGCUAUCAAUAAAAGUGAUGUUCCAACAAUGGAGAGACAUUUCUUAAAAAGAGGGGUUCAUCCAAUGUAAGAAUCCUAAGAAUUUGAAAUACCCGCAGAAGGGUCAUUUCCUUACUUAGCAUCAGGUUGGGAACAUUGCAUAGCUGAGAUACAGAACUCAUAAACAAAAGAAAGCAUACUUUUUAAACAUUGAAAUGGGGAAGGAUUACUAUUCUGUUCUUGGAAUUGAAAAAGGAGCAUCUGAUGAAGACAUCAAGAAAGCAUAUCGAAAACAAGCCCUUAAAUGGCAUCCAGAUAAGAAUAAAUCUCCCCAUGCAGAAGAAAAAUUCAAAGAGAUUGCAGAAGCCUAUGAGGUAUUGAGUGAUCCCCAAAAAAGAGAAAUUUAUGAUCAGUUUGGAGAAGAAGGUUUGAAAGGAGGGUCUGGUGGACCAGAUGGUCAAGGAGGUUCUUUCCGUUAUUCAUUUCAUGGAGACCCACAUGCUACAUUUGCAGCAUUUUUUGGUGGCGCAAACCCUUUUGAAAUGUUCUUUGGUAGAAGAAUGGCUAGUGGCAGGGACACUGAAGAUAUGGAAGUGGAUGGUGAUCCAUUUGGUUCCUUUACUACUUUUAGUGUGAAUGGAUUUCCAAGAGAAAGAAACACGGUUGGUAAUCAACCCCGUCGUAAACAAGAUCCUCCUGUUAUUCAUGAACUGAAAGUAUCAUUGGAAGAGAUUUAUCAGGGUUGUACAAAAAGAAUGAGAAUUUCCCGAAAAAGGCUCAAUUCAGAUGGUAGAAGUGUCAGAACAGAAGAUAAAAUUCUUACGAUUGAUAUUAAGAGAGGAUGGAAAGAAGGUACCAAAAUUACAUUCCCCAAAGAGGGUGAUGAAACACCCAACACCAUCCCAGCUGAUAUUGUGUUUGUUAUUAAAGAUAAAUUACAUCCUCAUUUCAAGAGAGAUGGUUCAAAUAUAAUCUACCCUGUCAAGAUUAGUUUACGCGAGGCUUUAUGUGGCACCUCAAUCAAUGUACCAACUAUAGAAGGCCGAACAAUACCUAUGACAAUAAAUGAAGUUGUAAAGCCUGGAAUGAGAAGAAGAAUUAUAGGAUAUGGUUUACCAUUUCCUAAAAAUCAUGACCAACGAGGUGACUUAAUUAUAGAAUUUGAAGUAAUUUUCCCAGAUAAUAUAGCUUCAGCCUCAAAAGAAGUACUCAGGAGAAAUCUUCCUGUAUCAUAAGAAACAUAUGUUAGUGAACUGUUCCAAAUAGACACUGAACAUCAAGGACUUUCAGGUUUAUGCUGUAAAAGUGCAGUCUAUAACUGUUGAACUUUUCUUUUGUGUGCGCAGGUAGGGAAGUGAAUUAUGCAGUGUUGCAUGAGAAUUGGAAUACAAAAGACUUGCAACUAAGUAUAAGGUUAAUACUACUUACCGUGUGUUGCAUCUUCCUUUACAAAACACUUUAUCCAGUAUUUCGUGUCCAUGUAAUCAUGGGUAAAAAGGGAACACCUCUGUCCAUGUAUUUCUAAUAAAGUGCAUACUUUGCAAAGCACUUUAAUUCAGAUAAUCCCGAUUAUCUGUGUGAGUUAAAAUAUCACAGUAUUAGAAUUCAUUAUAUGAAUCUAUGUAACUUUAAAUAUUUAUUUUAUGUAUAUACUCUAAGCUGCAUUACCUUUUUCACAGCAGCAGGAAAGUAAUAUCACUUAAAAUGUUUAUGAGCCCAAAGAAGAGGUGGGUUUUACAUUACUGUACCAGUCUGUGAAUUUCUUUACUCCAUUAUUCUGGUGGUAAAUAUAGUGACCUAAUAGAAAAUAAAAUUUGAUGGCCUACUGUUUUUGGCCUAAUAGAUUUGCAGGUAGAAAUUGUUGUGAAAAUGUGUUAAUGCUCUCUGGAACUUAUAUUUCAUGAAGCGGCAUACUUAUAAGCAUCAACUGAAUAAUUAACCUAAUUCAGUCAAGAUUGCAAUCUUUCUCAAGUUUCUUGCAAAUUCUGUGAACUUUAAGUUGAAACUGAAGUUUUAUGAAUUUGUAAUGAAUUAUUUUAAGAAAAAGCAAGGAAACUUUAUUUUUGCAAAGACAUAUAUGUUCUAACUAGUAUUCAUUGGCAGUAGAUGAACAGUAUUAAAUUUAAGACAACACCUACUUGUUUUGUAAUAUGGUCAAAUGGAAACAUUCAUGAAAUUAUUCAUCUUUGUUUACAAUAAAGCUUCAUUCAAAAUGUGCUAGAUAGCACUUUUAAGUGACAGGACAUUUAACAAUUAUGUAAAAAAUUAAUGAUACCAGUUUUCUAAAACUAGCAUAUUAAAAUCCAAAACAGCUGCAGUAAUUGAUAGUGGGAGGAAUCACUUUAAAAAUGACUCCUGAAUGAAUGGGAUUUUUUUUUAAUGGGAUUUAGUACAAAGGCUAUAAACUGACAAGAUGUGCAAUCUUAAACCAGGGCUAUGGAAAGCAUUUGAAAGAGGUAUUUCACAAAGCAUAUUAAAAUGAAUGAAAGAUCAGUCUUCAAAGUAUUAAAACAGUUGUCUUCUCUGCAAAUCUCAUAUAGCUUCCUCAGAAACUUCCCAGUUGUCUGCAUGCUCAUUUUGCUGGGACAUCUGCAUGUGGAGUAAGCAAAGACAGCUUUCAAACCAGUUGCAUGUGCCUUGCAAAGGACAUGAUUACUUUAAUGCUUUGAAGCAAAAUGCUGUUCGUGCUAAAAUGCUCUGCAAAGAACCUCUUUUGAGCACUUUAUAACAUCCCUUUCUGAAACUAGAAAGAAUCUAUGAAAUAAGUUUUAAUGACUCUAAAAAUGAGAACAAGAAAACUACUACUUUUUCUUUGUGCAUAUUGUAAAUGUAUUUAAAUAUACUUUAUGAUAAUGUAUUGCAUUUCAUAUUUUUAAACAUUAAACUAUUAUUUCUAACUUUU